GUCAGGAGGAUUAGUGGCUAAAGUUUCUCAUGAAGUUAGAGCUCAAGUAUUAUUUGUCAAUCGAUCGACAAUGGCUGGUAUAAAAGAUUAAUAUCUUUGGCAUUUGCGGGGUCCAUUGGUAUGACAUUUGUCAUCCUAGGUUGUGCAUUGCCUGCAUACCAUGUAUGGUGGCCGUUCUUCGUGGUUCUUUUUUAUAUACUUGCACCAAUCCCUACAUUAGUAGCACGGCGUUAUACCGAUGAUUCAGGAAGCAAUAGCAAUCCCUGCAUGGAACUUGCCAUUUUUGUUACCAUGGGAUUUGUAGUAUCAUCAUUUGCCCUGCCUAUUGUAUUAGCCAGAUCACCAGAAGCAGAUCCAGUGAUACAAUGGGGUGCAUGUCACUUUACGCUAGCGGGAAACGUAAUAGUUUACUUGACACUGAUUGGAUUCUUCAUGACUUUUGAUCAAGAUGAUUCUGACUACAGUAUGUGGUGAUGCAGUUCUAACAUUAUGCACUUGCUGAGAUUUGUAACGAGAUCAACCGGAAAGGCUCCAUGCAGUGACUGAUGGCUACGCUUUAAUUCUAAAAGGAUUAAACUUAUUGUAUAUUACUUACAUGUAAAUGAUAAUAUAGAUCUUGAGCAACUUAGGUUAAAAAUGUGGAUACAUUAAUGUUGGCCAUCAUUUGAACAAAUGAAGUACGUUGAUCACGGUAUGAUUAAAAUAUGAGUUAUCAAUUUAGUACAGGUGAAAAGUGAAAAGUACCGUACAUCCAAUAGCACGAAAUGGUUGUAGAAUUUGAAUUUAACUAUUGGCGCAGAAAUCUUCAUCGUAAGAUCGGUAUUAAUAUUUUGCAUUUAUAUAACGCAUAAAGACAUAUACAUAAACUUAUUCUGCAAUAAGUUGUCAUUUUGAGUUCAGAAGAAAUGACAGUGAUACUCGGUGUUUUAAGGAGACAAUUUGAUACAUUUAGAAAGUACAUCAGUCGAUAUGCUGCCAAUAAGAAAUACUGAUUUGCAGGGAGAAGUACCUCCUAAAUAAAAGGAAAUAUAAUAAUGUCGAGAUACUACAUUAUAUAAAAUUAAUGCAAUUACACAGAAAGAAAUUUCCAGAGAAGUCUUGUCAUUUUUUUUUACUUACCUUUUUUUAUAAGAACCAACACUUGAUUUUAUUGAUUGGUUGAAAUAUGAAAUGAUCUAAAAUGACUCCCUUUCAUUGGCAGUGAUUAUUUACACACUACAUUUUGUGAUUUGUAAUCUAUGUACAACGCAAAUAAUAUAUAAGGCGAAGCGAUUUACUUAUAUUCGGCUACAUAUUUGUCAUUAAUUGAUUUCAUAAUGUUAUUUAAUAAAAGUAUUUUGAGAAAAA